AUGGCCCCCACCUCCGGCAAGAAGCCCGCCCCGGCCAAGAAGGCCGUCAAGGCCCCCAAGGAGGGCAAGAAGGGCAAGAAGACGAAGAAGGGCACUGAGAGCUACAAGCUCUACAUCUUCAAGGUGCUCAAGCAGGUGCACCCCGACACCGGCAUCUCCUCCAAGUCCAUGGCCAUCCUGAACUCCUUCAUUGCCGACCAGUUUGAGAAGAUUGCCACCGCUGCGGCCCAGCUGUCCCGCGUCAACAAGAAGCCCACCCUGACCUCUCGGGAGAUCCAGACCGCUGUGCGCUUGGUGCUGCCCGGCGAGCUGGCCAAGCACGCCGUGUCUGAGGGCACCAAGGCCGUGACCAAGUUCACCUCCGCCUAA